AUGACACCCAUCCAUCCACUGGCAACCAAGUUUGACACCCAUCCAUCCCUACCAGCAGACAAGCUUGACACCCAUCCAUCCCUACCAGCAGACAAGCUUGACACCCAUCCAUCCCAACCAGCAGACAAGCUUGACACCCAUCCAUCCCUACCAGCAGACAAGCUUGACACCCUUACAUCCCUACCAGCAGACAAGCUUGACACCCUUCCAUCCCUACCAGCAGACAAGCUUGACACCCUUCCAUCCCUACCAGCAGACAAGCUUGACACCCAUCCAUCCCUACCAGCAGACAAGCUUGACACCCUUCCAUCCCUACCAGCAGACAAGCUUGACACCCAUCCAUCCCAACCAGCAGACAAGCUUGACACCCUUCCAUCCCUACCAGCAGACAAGCUUGACACCCAUCCAUCCCUACCAGCAGACAAGCUUGACACCCAUCCAUCCCAACCAGCAGACAAGCUUGACACCCAUCCAUCCCUACCAGCAGCCGAGAAUGACACCCAUCCAUCCCAACCAGCCGACAAGCUUGACACCAAUCCAUCCCAACCAGCAACGAAAGAUGACACCCACCCAUCCCGAUCAGCAACCAAAGUUGACACCCACCCAUCCCGAUCAGCAACCAAAGUUGACACCCACCCAUCCUGA